AUGGAUUUGGAUUUAUUUGAAAAAAUUUUAAAUUUAUUUGAUAAAAUUCAACUUAGUGGAAAACCUUUUGAAAUAAAUAUUGAUCAAGAUUUAUUAACAAUUAUUCCACUUCCACGAAAAUUAAUUCUUGAUCUUCUUUCUGAUGAAAAAAUAUCAAAGAUUUUUUAUUUAUCACAAGAUCAAAAUAAAGUUUACUUUGAAAAUAAUUUUUCUUUAUGUUCAAUUGAUCAAAAAAGUAGUGGUUCAUGUAAAUCAUUAUCAUGUCAACAACUUCAUAUUUGUAAAGAUUAUAUUUUAAAUAAAAAUUGUUUAGAAUUAGAUAAAUAUGGAAAAUGUUCACAUUCUCAUUCAUUAUCAACAAAACAUAAUCAUUCUAUAAUUAAUCAAUAUAAUUUAUCAUUAGAUGAUAAUGAAACAACAUUUCAAUUUAUUUCUCAUCUUAUUCAAAUAUCAUUAUCAAUUAAAAAUCAAUCAAGAUUAUUUAUAGAAACAAAUAAUCAACAAUCUAUAACUGAUGAUUUAAUUGAUAUUUGGUUAAAUGAUCAUAAAUCUUUAUUAAUUCAUUAUAGAUUAAUUAAUCCAUAUACUAUUCAAUUUAUAUUUGAUGAUGAUGAAGUUUGUUCAAUGAUGGAAGAUUUUAUAAUAGAAAAUCAUCGAGAAAAUAUUUCAGUAAAGAAAAAUCUUUCAUUUAAUGAUAUAUAUUUAAAUAAUUCGAAAAUCAAUGAAAAUAAUUUCAAUAAACAAUCGAAAAUAAAUUCAAUUGAAAAUAAUAAUCAACCAAUUGAAUUAACAAAUAAUAACAACAUUUCUCCAACAUUCAAUCAUGAGAAAAAUAAAUCAGGAGAUGAAAAUCGAUUUAGUUCUUUAUUUGGACGAUCUCGUGGAAGAAAUCAAUUGAAUAAAACUCCACCUUCACCUUCAUUAUCAAAUAAUAAUUCAUUUUCUUCAUUUAAUAAUCAAUCAAAUUUAAAUAAUCAAAAUCUUUAUUCAAAUCAACAAUUAUUAUCGAAUAAUUCAACAACAACAACAACAACAACAACAUCAAAUCAAAGAAAAUUUCAAUUUUCUCAACGUCUUAAUUCAAGAAAGAAUGAUCUAUAUUCACAAGAAAUAAAACCAAUAACAAUUAAUAAUAAAACAAAUCCAACAUCACAAAUAAAUAAUAAUGAAAAAAAUUUUAUUUCAGAUGAAAUUUAUCAUCAAAAUCAAAAUCAAUCUCAAUCAAAUUCAUCUUUAACAUCUUAUUCAACAAAUAUUCAAUUAGAUCAAAACAAUCAAUAUCACAUUGACGAUAAUAAUUAUAAUAAUAAAUCACCAUCGAAUGAUGAUUCUAGUGAAAUUGAUUCUUCUGAAAAUGCUUCAUCAGUAUGUGCCGAUGUUGAUUCUAAAAUACGUUUUGUUCUUCGUGGACAUGAGAAAAAAACUAAAGAAAAAAGUUCAGUUAGAAUAACAAAUGAAACACUAAUGAAUUAUGUUUAUAAGAAAGAAUUUAAUGAUCAACAGUUAUCUUAUCUCCUUGGUCCUGGAAGAAAAAAUCUAAAUGAAAAUGAUCAAUGUCAAAUAUUCCCAUGUUUACCAUCGGGUUAUUGUCGAGUAAAAAAUAUUGAACAAGGAAAAGAUAUUGAAAAACAAUUAUAUUCAAUUUUACCUCAUACAUUCAAUAUUGAAACUGUCAAAGUCGAUGAUCAUCUUGCACUUAUUAUUUGUUCAUCAGCUGCAGAAUUUAUUUUUCAACAAAGUCAAAUCCAUUAUGCUAUUAUCACUGAACCAGCAAAAGUUCAUUUAACUAUUGAUGUAAUCCAUCAAACGAGAAGUGAAGCAAGGAAUUCUUCACCAAUAUUAAGUGAAAAUAAAAGAUCAUCUUCUAUUGAUGAUAAAACUUCCGAACAGUUAUCAUUGGAUGGAAAAUUUCAUAUAAGUUCAACUGGUUCAUCAAUUGAUGUUAUAUCUGGUGAUAUAAGUCAAAUUCCAGUUGAUAUGAUGAUAUGUGUAAGUACAUCAAAUAAUUUACGUGAUAGUGUUAUUCGUCGUGCUGGUCAUCAAAUUGAAUCCCAAUAUAAACAACGUUAUCAUCCAACAGAUGCUUUACUUCUUGAUGGUGGUUUAACUGCAGCAAAAAAAAUUCUUUUUGUUCCAUGGAAAACAGAUAUCGAAUCAAGAGAAACAAUUCAAACUGAAAAGUCAUUAUCAGAUUUAGUUAAAUGGUGUAUUCAACAAGGAUAUCAACGAAAAAUGAAAUCAAUUUCAUUUCCACCUAUUGGUACUGGUCAACUUGGUCUUGAUCCAGCUUUUGUUUGUGAAGCAAUGAUUAAUGCAGCAAGUGAUUGUUUACAUCAAUAUAAAAUAGAUGUUAUUUUUGUUAUUUAUCCAUCAACUCAAAUUAAUAAUAAUCAUCAAAAUGAUGAUGAUGAAUGUUAUCAAGUUUUUAGAAUUUAUCUUGAUAGUCUUUGUGAACAAAUUAAACCAAAUCAACUUUCGAAACCAUACAUUGAUAAUCAAACAAAUAUAUUAAAUAGUUCGGAUACGCAAAUAGAAUUUAUUCGACGAAAUAUACAAGGUAAACGUGUGUUAACUUUAUCAAAUUCAUCGAAUAUGAUUGAAGAUCAUAAUCUAUUGAUAAAAUCAUUAGAAAAUUUAUUAUACGAAAAAAGUUUUGAUUUAUCAUAUAUUGAACCAUCAUUAAUUGAUAAAAUUGAUUUAUUAAUUGAUAUAUGUUUUAAAUAUAAUGUUUUUCCAUGUAUUGAUUAUUCUAAAAAUGAAUUAAAAGUUAGUGGUGAUCGUGAUUCAUGUUUUCAAUGUUUAUUUAAUAUUCGUCAAAAUAAAAAAGUCUAUCAAUAUAGUUAUGUAUUAACUGAAAAUGGAGAAAAAUCUGAUGAAAUAAAGUUCAAUUCAUUUAUUUCAUUGAAAAUUGAUGAAGCUUUUGCUCUGGAAGAAUCAAAUGUUUCUAUUGAAGAUGAUAAUCAAAUGAUUUUUAAUAUUGAUUUGAAUAAAUUACAAGUAGAAAUAAAUCGAAGAAAACAAUCAGCGUUUCUUGUUAAAAAAGAAAUAAAUGUUAAUUCAAAAGUAAAAAUUCCAUCAUCAUGGUCUUCAUCUUUCUCAACAAUUUCUAUAAUAGAAGUAAACAAAUCUUUAUAUCAAUCAUUAGAAUGUUAUAGAGAUUUUUAUGAAACAAUGUCAAAUGAUGUUUGGAUUAUUGAACGAAUUGAUUCAAUUGAAAAUUAUCCAUUAUAUAUACAAUUUAUCAAUAAUAAUAAAAACGAAACGAAAUUAUAUUAUCAUGGUUCUUCUUAUUCAUCAGUUCAAUCAAUAAUUCAUUAUGGUUUACAUUCAUCAAAUUCUUCAAAUUAUGGUGAUCAAUUUGGAAAUGGAUCGAUUUGUUUGACACGUGAUGUAUUGAAUAGUCAUUUAUAUGGAACUCGUCGUUCAACAGAUGGAAAACAUUAUUUAUUUGCUGUUCAAUUAGCUAAAUAUGAUAGAAAUAAUGAUUUUGUUUUAUUAACAAAUGAUGAUGCUUAUUUAGCUUUACCAACACACUUGAUUGUUUAUCAACGACGAAAACAAUUUCUUUAA